AUGAUUGGUAGAAACGCAGACCUGUUUUCGGCCUUUCAAACAAGUGUGGAGGAUGCUUGGGAAGCGGAUGACGAGGAGUUUCUCUCACUUAUUUCUAAGACAGUCGCUGCCAAAACAGCUAAAGAGGUUAUGCAAAGACAUUCCAGUGAAUCUCAAAUGUCUCAAAAUCAUAAGGGAUCUAUCCGUACUUCUGGAAAAUUAGCUCCCGGUCGUGGUAUACGUCUUGAUGUCAAUACAGGAUCUUCUUUGUCACUAGCGCAGCCAACGGUAGAACGGCGCAUUGAACAAUUUCAGGCGCUCAUAAAUUCGCCCUUUACUGACCUGGGUGCUCUGCGCAAACAGUCAUGGUCCGGUAUCCCACAAGCCCUGCGCUUUGUUACCUGGAAACUCCUAUGCGACUAUCUACCUGCUUCCUAUGAAAGGCGUAUCACGACACUUAAGAAGAAGCGCAAACAGUAUAUAGAUCUGAAUUCACAGUUUUUCAAUCUUCGCAACGGUCACGACGGUGCCGAGAUAUUUAAGCAGGUACAAAAAGAUCUAGUUCGCAUGCCAAUGCUGCAGAACCGGCAAGAUGUUUUUGAGCUGUUUGAGCGGGUGCUGUUUAAUUGGUCUGUAAGACAUCCGGGGAGUGGGUACGUCCAAGGCAUAAACGACCUGCUCACACCAUUCAUGGUUGUCUUUCUCUCCGAAUACACAAAAACUGAGAUGAAUCCCUCUGGCGAAUUGAAGUUAUCGGCACCAAUCACGGCUGAGCAAUUGCAGGAUUUAGAAGCUGAUGUCUUUUGGUGCGUAUCAAGGUUGCUAGACACGAUUCAGGACAACUAUACGUUUGCACAGCCCGGUAUUCAGAAUAACAUAAACAAAUUGAGCAGUCUUAUCGAGCGUCUCGACAACGAGUUGCAUCGUCAUCUAAUGAAGUAUAAAGUAGAGUAUUUGCAAUUCGCCUUCCGAUGGAUGAACAAUCUCCUCAUUCGAGAAUUGCCGCUGCGUUGCAUUAUUCGUUUGUGGGAUACAUAUAUGGCUGAACCAGAUGGCUUCUCACAAUUCCAUGUUUAUGUGUGCGCUGCCUUUCUUUUGCGAUUCAAAGACAGUUUGAUGCGUCAAAAUGACUUCCAUAGCCUUUUAGUGUACCUUCAAGCGCUUCCCACACACCGCUGGACAAACGACGACAUUGAAAUGGUGCUUGCGCAAGCAUUUCAAUAUAAGAGUCUGUUUUCUCAAGCACCUAAACACUUGGAUUACCGAAGGAGUGAAAUCCUGUAG